AAGUGUGCGAAACUCGUUGCAUCCGACGCGAGAAAUCCAGCGAGAGUAGGAGGUGAAAAAUCCCCUUGUGUACUGAAGUGUGACAGUUCCGUCGUCUGUCGACUGAUGCUCAACUGCUGGCCUGAUGCUUCUUCCAUCAGGGCCCGAGAAGCCGCCGACGAUUCACCAGGAAAAUAUAGAUGUGAUAAUACAGUAAUUUGUUUUAGUGCAAUUUUCUAAUUAAUGGCUGCAAGCAGCGGGGCGCCAUCUGGUGGGAGUUAAAGUGACAAGAAGUGCGAGCAAUAGUGCCGUCAAAGCAAGCGAAUCAGCAGAAUUGCAACUUUACGACACUGUCAAGGGAGAUUACACAAGUACCCAGUCUACUGUGGUUUCCGUUCGUGUUUAAUGAGAGUGAAAACUGUAACAGCCCAGCCACAACAAGCAAGCCGGAAAGCUCACACCAUUCAACAUCUAUUUACCUCACGGGAUUAUUACGUUUUAUCGGUGCAUGAAGAAAGGAUCAACCAGCCCUAGCCCCAGGCGUUCUUCAACAAUAUCCGGAUCAGUGUCACGCUCUUUAACCGUCGCUGUUGUUAACCUUCCUAGUCCAUUAGCCAGUCCGAGCACACAGCCAGUCCGCAAACCAGCUUCCAGACCUAGCACAACGUAUGCAUUCACUGCACGAAAUUAGCAGCACCCAACAAGAAAACAACAGCAACAUCAGCAACGACCACGACCGCAAUCGCGUUUACCACCGGCGACGGCGUUGCACCGAUCCCCAUCAACGUCGUCGUUGUUGUCGUCGAGGAGAAAUUGCUACUAAAAUAAGGCCAUCGCCGGCUGCCAAUCCCGGUCUCUUGGAGCAGCUGCUGCUAGCCGUAGCGGCUACUACGGUAGUGGUCAACCGUGGUAGCAGCGACAACACCAGCGUCGAUCACAGACGGCGGCGGCGUCGCCGGAGACGACGGCGGUCGUUCACGUUUUGAACGUGUAGCCUAGAAAUCGCAUACGGCGAAAUUACCCAUUUUAGCACGUUUGCCGCCGCCUACUUGGGUGAUCGCUGAGGCUGUAUCGUUUCGAUCGGCGAAUGCGAGCGUCUCACGGGUGGUGGCCGUUGAUGCUUCAGCGUAUUGCACCCGCACGCGCUGUCACGCGAUGAAUGUUGAUGCGCUGCGCGCGAAGAUUUAUGUGCCAUUUGACAGUGCGCUCAAUGUAAGCAAAUCAAAGUAUAGUCGGAAAUCGAUGUGUAAAUACAGUUGGAAGUGAUUUAUGGUACAAAAAAUCGCCAACGGAAUCGUUACAGUUGUUGUUAUUGUUGUGAAUAUCGUUAUUGCGGGAGGAGCUUACGAUGAAAUCCAAAGUGCAAACUAGCGUAAGACAGAGCACACCAUCGUUGGGUCGCUGGGGCCGCUCAACGGUGAGCUCCAGUCCAAUAGCUAUACCAGGCGGUGGAGGAGGAGGAGCAACUGGGAGCGGGAAUGCAGGAACGAGCCCCGAGUACCUCGGUGGAAUGAGUCCACCGCACAGCCCGAACUCGCCCCCUCCGAUACCGCCACGACCUGUGAUACGGCAGUCCAGCUUUACCAAGAUCGGCUACAUGAUCAACACGGCCGUCAACGGAACCAAGAAGCAGUUUAUCGGCAGUUCCGGCGGUGGCAGCGGCAAUGGCGAUACAUCCUGGUGCUUUUCACAGAUAAAGGGUGCCCUCGACGACGAUGUCACCGACGCGGACAUCAUCUCGUGUGUGGAGUUCAACCACGAUGGCGAGCUGCUGGCCACCGGCGACAAAGGCGGCCGAGUUGUUAUAUUCCAGAGAGAUCCUGCCUCGAAAUCUUCGACCCCGCGGCGCGGCGAGUACAACGUCUAUUCCACCUUCCAGUCACACGAGCCCGAGUUCGACUACCUAAAAUCACUAGAAAUAGAGGAAAAAAUCAACAAGAUCCGGUGGCUGAAACGCAAGAACCAGUCGCACUUCCUCCUGUCGACCAACGACAAAACGAUAAAACUCUGGAAGGUCUCGGAACGGGACAAACGGGUCGAGGGUUACAACACGCGGGAAGACAAUGGGAGCGUACGUGAUCCGUCGUCGAUCAGUGCGCUGCGGGUGCCAUCGAUCAAACCGAUGGAUCUGAUGGUGGAGGCGUCGCCCCGUCGGAUCUUUGCCAACGCUCACACCUACCACAUCAACUCGAUAUCGGUCAACUCGGACCAGGAGACGUACCUGUCGGCGGACGACCUCCGGCUCAACCUGUGGCACCUGGAGAUUACCGACCAGAGCUUCAACAUCGUCGACAUCAAGCCGGCCAACAUGGAGGAACUGACGGAGGUCAUCACGGCGGCCGAGUUCCAUCCGACCGAGUGCAACGUGUUCGUCUACUCGAGCAGUAAGGGUACAAUUAGGUUAUGUGAUAUGCGCUCGUCCGCCCUCUGCGACCGGCACGCGAAACUGUUCGAGGAACCGGAGGACGUGGACAUCACCAACAAGAGCUUUUUCCGCGAGAUUAUCAGCUCGAUCAGCGACGUCAAGCUGAGCAACACCGGCCGGUACAUGAUUUCCCGAGAUUAUCUGAGUAUUAAGGUGUGGGAUCUGCACAUGGAGACGAAACCUAUCGAGACGUAUCCGGUGCAUGAAUACCUCCGCACGAAGCUGUGCUCACUGUACGAGAACGACUGCAUCUUCGACAAGUUCGAGUGCUGCUGGAACGGCAACGACAGUUCGAUCAUGACCGGCAGCUACAACAACUUCUUCCGCGUGUUCGACCGCAACAGCAAGAAGGACGUCACGCUGGAAGCGUCCCGGGACAUCAUCAAGCCGAAGACGGUGCUCAAGCCGCGAAAGGUCUGUACCGGCGGCAAGCGGAAAAAAGACGAAAUCAGCGUGGACUGUUUGGACUUCAACAAGAAGAUCCUGCACACCGCUUGGCACCCGCUCGAGAACAUCAUCGCCGUCGCCGCUACCAAUAAUCUAUUUAUAUUUCAGGAUAAGUUUUAGCUAAUAGUAAGCGUAGUAGUAAUAAUCAAUUAUAAAUGUGUAGGCUGAAACAGAAAGAAAAAACAAUGUUGUGUGAACUCUGAUGGAAACAGACAUUGGUGAGCAAACAAAAAAAAAAAAAAAGAACGCGGUGAUCGAGCGAUGGGUUGAGUGUCGUCCGUCAUAGGGGUAUGCAGAGAGGCGGAAAGUGGUAAGAAACACACAAACAAACACAGAUUUAAGUAUUGAGAGCAAAGCAGGAAAGGGACACACGGAAAGAACGCGAGAGAGAUGAAUUCGAGAGAAAGAGAAACGUAAUAAUAGCGUAAACAUUAUAGAAUCAUAAUGGUAUAUUUCGAAUCUAGAAAUGAUACAAAUGAAAAAAAAAAGUGGGGGAAGAAGAAAGGCGAGAUUAUGAAAUUAAACAAAAAGGAACACAACAAAACAAUGUGAAAGCUUUUUAUAAUAUACCAUACAACAAAUAGAAACACGGAGAAAUGCCGAAAUGGGAGAAAAGAAACAACUCACUUACAAAACAAUACAAAAAAGUACACUUAAACAGCAGCUGCAAGCGGAAGGGAAGGUCGAAAGGGAACAAAGUGAAGAUCAGCAGACAGACAGGCAAAGUGAAAGGGGUUGUGUGUCAUUGGUUGAAGGAGAUACGAUUAGAAUAUUCUCAAAAUGUAUUGUAUUUGAUUGUUUAUCAAUAGUUUCACUAUUGAAACAAGUAGUUAGCAGUUUGGUCUACGUAAACCUCAUUCCUAUCAUAUUCUAAAAAGUAUUGUACAUAUGAUGUUCAUCUAAUUCCGUUUGUCUCAAUUUAGCCAAAAUCGGACUUUAGAGCAACCAUGAGAAGUAAAGUGUUGAAGCUUUACGUUUCAGACUUUGUGGAUAGAUCAAAGAAACAAUAAAUUCUAGUGUUCUCUUUCUGUUUAAAGCACUCCACUUUUUAAAGGAAUUGCCAAUAAAAUUCUUGCGAGAGUUCUGUCAAACAAACUGGGCCAUUAUGUUUUGUUAGGCUUAAACUGGUGAGCUCGUUCCACAUGGCUAGCAAUAAUUAAUUGAUCGUUUAUUGGACAUUGCAUCUCAGUUACUGGCAAAGAUAAUUCAGUCAGAAUCACCAAAUUUUCUGUUAAAUAAUACCGUAGUUUCCAGCAUUUUCCAUGCCGGUCACCUCAUUGAUAUUUCACUUGUGGUGUUCCCUAACCUUAUUCAAAAUUAAUGUACAAAAAUAAUAAGGUAAUUUCACAUGAAAAAAAAACGUCGCUUAUUCAAAUUAGAGCACAAUUUUAUGACAAUCAUCAAACUUAAAUAAAGAAAAAAAACCUUUCAGGAAAAUGUAGAUCAAUACAUGUUUAAAAAAAGCCAUCACAUGCCUCAGAGUCAGGCAGAAGCAUCGACAAAAGCCUAGGAAUCAGACAGAAAAUACAACUAAGAUUUUUGAAGUUUCAAACCGCUUGUCUCGAGAUCGUCAAAAAUCGAUAGUGCUCUAGAUCAACCAUGGGAACGAGAAGGUUAAGCAGGAACCUUUUUAUACCAUCCGCGCAGAUAUCAUUAUUUUUACUUUGAAUGUUUAUGCUAAAUGCCAAAUUUUAGUUCAAAUGGCCAUUAUGCCAAAUAACUUCAAUCUAAAUAGCUGUGCCCAAAUGCCCUGACAUAUUUGUCUCAGUGUUGGAUGACACUUGAGCUAACGUCACGAGGAGGGAACCCCAUUUGGUAUGAUGCCGUUUAGUAUAACGGCCAUUUGGGGCAACCACAGAAAGGAGAGGAACUUUAUGCCAGAUGGCCAUUAUGCCAAACAACUCCAAGCAAAAUAGCUGAGCCCAAAUGCCUCAACAUGGUUGCCCCAGUGUUGGAUGACACAUGAGCAAACGUCACAAGGAGAGUAUCUUACUUGGUGUAAAACCGUUUAGCAUAAUGGCCAUUCGGAAUAAUGUAAUUAAAAAAAAAACGACUGACUAUGACUGACUACACGUUGUUAUGCCAAAUGGUAUUAUGCCAAACAGUCGAAGGGGGACCUGAGUCAUUCGGCAUAAACCACAACAGUCAAAGGGGAACCUAUGUAAUUUGGCAUACAGGACAUUUGGCAUAACAAGAAGGGUGUAUUUUGGUUAUGCAGAAUGACCUUAUCCCCGUUUCCACGAAUAGUGUGUUAUGGUGAAUAUUUUAAUCUCACCUCCAGCAAAUGACAUACAAUCCAGAAUAGGCAGUUUAUUAUCACAAAUUUAUCCUUAA